AUGGGAUUUGGCUGCUGGGCGUUUGAGAGGAUUUCAGGCACAGCGGACAAUCGGCAGCUUUUGCCUUUGGGGGUGCAGCAGUAUGAGGACGACAUGGUGAAGCACACUGAUGGCCGUGCUUUGCGAAGUCUUUGUGAUCCUGAGAUGGGCGGACCGUCCCCUGUGAAAAUGAUUGAGCACAAGGAACCCUUGCAGAUUUUGGAGGAGAUUCUCAUCGCUCAAUCUGAAGUCCAUGUGUCUGUGCUGAUUGAUUGCGGUGCUUUGCUCACUGGGAUGUCGAAUCGGCAAGUUGCAGAGGCUGUGCUGAAGCUGAGUCCUCAUAGAUUUCGGACAGCCAUUUAUUUCGAUGAUGAGAACCAGAUCGUGGUACUGGACAGCGAUGGAAAAGACACUCCUUUGGCCAAGAGUCCGCUUCAACCUGCCCAUGAGUGCUUCACAUAUUUGGAUGACAAGCACAAGCGUGGAACGGAUCUACGCUUUGCCCCAGCUGCAGUUGGAGCAGUCACUGUGUGCAAGAAGACCACCAAAGACAGGCUAGUCCAAGCCUGCAUGCGCGUGUGUUUUCUGGGCCUGGGUCAAAAGGUUAUGCUUUUUGUGGACAGUGAAGCUGGAGCCAAGUGUGGGUUUAGUUCUUGCUUUUGUCACAGCUCGGACAGCAGAGGAGUUGAGGUCUGCUAUUGUUCACUGGGCAUUGCAGGGUUCAGCCUUUGCAACACGAGUGCCCUUCUUGGAACAUGUCCAGGGGGCUUCAGGCCCGAAUGCAGGCGUUUAGCAAACAAAGCUUUGCAGAGAGCCAGAGAAUUUUCAGUUGACUUCGUAUUGCCAGUCACUGGCUGCUUACCCCAGUGA